CAAAUUUGAACGCUAGUACACAACAUAGAAAAAUUGGAAAGCAGCCUCUACAUGCUUUGUCUUCCUGUUUUCCACCUAUUUCCUUCCAAGAAAUAGAAGUACAUUGACUCUUCUUCCAUCUCCUUCUCUAUAUUUUGUUCUUCAACCAAGAUCUACUCAUACAAAUAUUAUCUCCAAUUCAAGUUUCUAACUCACCUAUCUAAAGAUGGUUAUCCAUUUCCCCUUCAUCACAUCCAUACUCACUAUAGUUUUCUUCUUCUUAACAACUUUGCCACACUCCUACUCCCAGAAAAAUGACACUUUCUCCAUUUGCAGCCAACCAUUCAGCUGUGGAACACUCAACAUAUCAUAUCCUUUCUGGGGAGAUAACAGACCCAGUUUUUGUGGCAGUGAAGGAUUCAAUCUCACCUGCAUGCAAAGCCAGAACACUUCUUCUAUUCAAAUUGGUUCACAAAAGUUCCAAGUACUGAACAUUAACCAAACUGCUUCAACAUUGAGAAUAGUGAGAACAGACCUUGUCUAUGAUAACUGUUCUUCAAAUUUCACCAACACUUCUCUGCAUUCAAGUCCCUUUAGUUUUCUCCCCACUGUUCAGAAUGUGACUAUAUUCUACGAGUGCCCAUUUGGGAUUUCAGAGAACAACACUUUUACAUGCCAGAAUGAUAGCAGUAAACAUGGUUUUUAUGUGGUGAAUAAUGGAACUCAGAUGCAGCAGUUUCAAAGGUGCAGGGUCAGAGUUCAAGUGCAAGUUUCCCAGGAUGUUGUUUGGGACUCUGAAGGUGGAAUUGGGGCACUUAGAAAAGCUUUAAGUCAAGGUUUUGAUGUGGAGUAUGAUGCAGGGUGGUCUUCUCAGUGCACAGCAUGCAGAGAAUCUGGAGGAGCAUGUGGGACUAAUGAGAAUAAUUCAUCUCAGUUUUCAUGUUAUUGCUCAGGUGGAACUCAUGAAUCAGCAUGUCCUAGUCACAAAAGUCGAACCAAGAGUAAAUUGGUAUUGAAACUGGUUUUAGGUUUUGUUGCUAGUGGAUUUGGUCUACCUCUUAUUGCUGUCAUCAUAUGCCGUAAUAAAGCUAAAAUUUGGAAGUUUAUAUCUACAAAACUAGGCUUGAGAAAAAGGGAUGAUCGCGCUAUAGAAGCAUUCCUUGAAAGCCAAGGUCCUCUGAAUCUAAAAAGAUACAGUUUCUCAGAUAUCAAGAAAAUGACUGAUUCCUUCAAGGUUAAACUGGGUGAAGGAGGUUAUGGUUCUGUAUACAAAGGAAAAUUACCUGGUGAUGGUUGCUCUGUGGCGGUGAAGGUGCUGAAUGAGUCAAAAGGGAAUGUAGAAGAUUUUAUCAAUGAGGUAGCCAGCAUCAGCAAAACAUCCCAUGUUAAUGUUGUGACUCUUCUUGGAUUUUGUCUAGAAGGAAGCGGAAAAGCUCUCGUCUAUGAGUUCAUGUCCAAUGGCUCCCUGGAAAAGUACAUUCACAAGAAUCACAACAAAGCAACUGAAACUGAAAAUAAAACCUUGAGCUGGGAGAAUUUGUACCAGAUUGCAAUUGGUAUAGCUCGAGGACUCGAGUACUUGCAUCAAGGAUGCAACACUCGGAUUCUGCAUUUUGACAUCAAACCACACAACAUCCUUUUAGAUGAAACUUACCGGCCGAAGAUAUCAGAUUUUGGGCUCGCAAUGACAGGAACAAGGGAUGAGAGCGUGAUUUCAAUGUCAAACGCGAGAGGGACACUGGGGUACGUGGCGCCUGAAGUGUUCAACAAAAGCUUCGGAGGCGUUUCCCACAAGUCUGAUGUCUACAGCUAUGGAAUGAUGCUGCUAGAGAUGGUUGGAGGGCAGAAGAGCAUAAAUGUCGAAGCUAGCGGCUCGAGCGAGAUAUAUUUUCCUCAUUUGGUGAUUUAUAAGAAGAUUGAGCUGGGCAAUGAUUUGGGAAUUGAUGGGGUAUUGUCCACAGAGGAAAAUGAGAUAGCCAAGAGAUUGACUAAGGUGGGUUUGUGGUGCAUUCAGACAUUUCCUUCUCACAGACCUACUAUCAGUAAGGUGAUAGACAUGUUGGAAGGUAGCAUGGAUUCAUUGGAAAUGCCACCAAAACCUGUCAUGUCUUCUCCUCCAAGAUCAACAACAACAACAGAUCAAUUUUCCACUGCAUCAAUAUCACUGGAAAGUGGUAGUGUGAAUGAAAGUAUGGCUAUGAGUAUGAAUUCUUACAUGAGAUGAGACUCACGUAUCAGUGUUGCUGCUGCAGGAAUCGUAUGAUUUCUUAAUUCCAAGACAAACAAACAUGAAAAAUGUUGAAAAUAAAAAAGCAUAUAAUAUUAGUACUUAAUGGUAUUAAUGGUCAAGACUCAAGAGCAUUUGAAGUCUGUGAGGAAACAACUCAAGCAUAUUUGUUUUGUACCUCUGCAAUCUGCAUACAUAACAUGUAGAUGUGAAUGUGUGUGUCUGUUUGGUGUCUGUUUUAUUCCAUUUCUUUCCAAUAUUAGAAACGUCCAUGCUGGUUUUACUUCUUCCUA